AUGACACACAAGGAAAAAGCACAAUCUAUACUUAACAACUGGAAAGUAUGCUUACAAGAAAUAUUAAGAAUGAAGACUGAAAAAAAAAAAAAGGGAGAAGAGGAAUGGACCAAAAAUGUAAAGGAGUAUAAUAAGAUGCAAGACCUGAUUAAUGAUUGUAAUAUUCUAAUGGCAGAGCAACAUAACAAAGUCAUAAAAACAGCAAUUGUGCAAGAUCAAAUCGUCUCAGUUUUUGCUUCCAUAUCUAAAUCUUAUUCUUUAUGUGUAGUAUUUGGAAUUGAAGUAGGUCCAAGCAUUGCACCUAUUGAGUUCAGGUCAGAGAAUAUGACAUCUGUAUUAGCAUAUCCCACCAAGGAUAGUCCAAUGGACAUUUGGCUAUUGCCUUCAGGAAAGUCUGUUGCUGAAGUGACUUGUGGUCCUUCUACUCUUCACAAACCUCACCCAUCAUAUAUAGGAAUCAUACUUGGAUCAAGGAUUCAAUGGCCAAAGUGGAUUGAAAAUGAAGAUUGGAUAUAUCUACAAGAAAGCAUCGAAUACCCCAAAGAUCCUCUAGGUUCAGACAUGGAAAAGCUUUUCAACAACCUGUUAGAAACUGACUCCCUGACAGAGUACUUGGAAUGCCUCCAUAAUACAAAAUUUGACAUAAAAAAUAAACAAAUGUUAUUUGCUACAAAUAUACUUCAGUGGUUUGCAGAUGUAGUAUUUAAUCCCUCCAGUGCAUUCCAUAGUCCUUGUGAACAAAAGUCAAUUUUAGGCUCUCUUUUGGUGCAUCCUGUUUUAAAAUACAUCUCCAAUACAUGUGAUCACAAUCCUGAAGAUAAUAAACCAUUAGGAUUAAAAAUAGAUGGAGUUUUUCAAACUGUUAAUGAUAACCCACUUGAAAUUGGAAUGAUAGAAUUAUCUGGCAGAUAUAACACACAUGAUUUUCCUCAAUAUUUGAAAGAUCAUGUUCACGGAUGUUGGGGUCAGCAUGACCUUCUCAAUAAUAUAGCAAUGAUGCUUUUAUAUGGCAAUUAUAAGAACAUGAGGCAUUUGCGUACAUGGUUUUUUCAUACACAUGGAAAAGAUGUUCAAAUUUGGGGAAUGGACUUACCUGUCAAGAAAAUUUACUGCAUGUUUCUCCUUGGUACUUUUCAGCUUCCAAUCAGUUGGGAGAGUCACCAUGAACUUUUGUGUGCGUUGCUGAUCUUAUGGAAUUUUGGAAGAGGCUUAAAUGACAGUGUUAAUGUACUUGAGGAAUUAAAGAAAACACACCAUCGCAAUUCACUUUUGCAUUCUCAAGCUUCAGCAUUGAAAAGAUAUAUUCGCCAUAUUAAACAUUCCCUCAAAAACCCACUGGCAAAAAGCAUGUAG